AUGAACAAGGGACCGUCCCUGGACGAGGGCCUGGAGCUUAUGGCAACCGCGCCGCUCUCACCAGCCAACUGGACCAGAUUGUGCGAGAGCUCCGCUACUGCUGGGGACGACACAGUAGUAGCCCAUGGUUCUGGGGGGGCUCCUGCCGCCCCGGUGAUGGCGGUGGAACAUGUGGAAGGCAAUGGGGUUAGAAGACUGAACCUUUCCAUGCCGGUGGUAGCUGCUAGUCAAGUUAAUGGUGGGGCACCAUUGGUGCAUGGCGGCCUCGACCUCUGUGGGGCUCUUAGUCAAGCCAAUAUAGACGCGCGAUCUCCUGCCGUUAGAGAACUCCGACUCGCGCUUUCCUUUCCCGACCUUGAAGAGGGCCUCCCGACGGAUCUUUUGGAAGCCGCGAAGCUGCAUAAGCCCCCUCGACGACCAGCCGACCACCCCGUGGGCGACGGGUAUCAACACGGGCUCCCGGAGAGGACUAUUGGCAAAGAGGCUAACGUUUUAUGGCAGAGUCCCCGCGGAGUGCUACGCUCACCGAAGGGGAAGUGCGGCAGGAUGUUACCGAUCGACGAAUUUGCACCACCCUGGGGAAGCGAAAACGGUGGUCACCUUUCGGGAGUGAUUCAUGAUGCGGCAAAUCAUGAAGUUGCUGCGCUCGAGCUGGAGCCGGUCGGGUGGGAGCGGACAGAAGCCGAUUGGAACGACCCCUCGUUCCCGAAGUGGGCGCUCGCGUGUGCCCCCCUCGUCACGGGCGAGGGCGGCGGACCUAGCUCGAAAAGGGCGUUCGAGUUGUGCUAUCGCGAACACUUCGAGUGGGCUGGGUUGGGCGGCUCCUUGGGAGAAGCAGACACUACGGCCAAGGCCGAGGUGGAGGUGGUACGCCGGGCACUCGCGGCCUUGCAAGGAGUGCCAUCCGGGUACUUUUGGUACGACGAGACUCACGCACAAAUGCGCGUGUGCGGGCACGUUGGGCAGGACGGAGCAGUAGAGGAGGCGCCAUUGAUGCCGCCGCGGGUAGCUGGUCUCUCUCCCGGCGCGCUCUCGUCGCUACUGGAGGAGUUCGCGAUGGCCGGGACUUGGUAUCGCAGGGUGCAAGAAUUUGUCCGUUGUCUCGUGAACACACCAUCCUCAAACGGACAGGUAGCGCGCGCGUUCGGGAUUGAAUUGAGGCGGCAGCUGACCGAGGUCCAGUCCGCCCUGCUUGGAGUCACGAUGGAGCUCGAGGGCCUUGGGUGGAAUGACUCUGACUCGGCCUGCCUCCACGGCACCCAGGAUACACCGCUCAAUGAACAACGCUGCUGCUCUUUGGCCGGGAUCCUCGCCCACACCACCCAACUCCGACGAGCAGUGGGAGCGCUCGCAGAGAUCUGCGGCCUUUCUGAGGACGAUCUGCGGUCUGCCGGGGGCGUGAGGGCUGUGUUCAACGCGUUCCCUCGAGGGUCUUCCCUGCUGACAUAUCUCUACAAGGCUGCAGAGGUCAGGGUGGCGUCGAAGCCCGGGGGGGAGAGUACCUGCUUUUUCGAGAGGGUGAUGGCAGAGGGGGAUUCCGCCCUUGCGCUGUUGAGCAGUGCCGCGACGCCGUACUUGUCUAUGUUGGGCCGAUGGAUUUGGUCUGGAGAGAUGUGGGCAGAGGAUGACCCUUGCGAGGAAUUUCCUCUGCGCUGCCGAGAGAGACUGACAGGUAGCGACACCUCGAAGGCGACCAAGGAACCUUGGACGGAGGACGGUGGCGGUAGCUUCAUGAGCCUUGCUUUCUGUGAGAACGGAGCGGCCGGUGUUCCCUGCUUCCUCGCAGGGGGCGUGUUGCAUGCCGCCGCCCGGACCGGAAAACUUUUGCGCAUGCUGAAGGCUGCUGCGAGCAGCGGCGGGGCUGUCAGCCGCGCGCGAGAUUCGAGCACGCGCUGCGGAAAAAGAGAUGAAGACGGGAAUGACACGUGGGGGUGGGAGCGAACAGUUACUGGCGGAAGAGAGGUCGGCUCUCGGGAAGCUCCAGCCGAGAAGCGGCCCCCAGCGGCAGUCUAUGGCGGACAAGGAGUGUUGUCCUUCCUCGACCCCCCGACAUCCGAGGCCGAAGCGUUUGCCGCAGCGGCCAUCACGGAGAGGUACCGCGUUCUGGGAAAAGAGGCCGACGCCCGCGCGGCGCGAGCUCGUUGGAAGCGGCAGCGAAGCGCGCGGGUAGUGGCGGCCCGCGCCUCUCUGAAAAUGCUCUACGAGGAAGAAAUGCACCGGUGGGAGGGAAUGGCAGCAGGAGCAGGGCCAGGGACGGAGAGCCACAGCACUACUGCCGGGCACGAAGCAGGUGUUAGCGACGCAGACAACGCAGACAACACCCUUCACGGUGUUGAAGCGAGCUCGGCGGACGCCGUUGGUGGGGGCCCCGACAGCAGCGAUGGGACCGGUGGCGGACAGAUGGGUCACGUAGUCGAGCAAGCGGUAGCUGAGGGCGAGCUCAACGCCGACAGUGAUGGAAGUAGGGUCGAGGUUCGGGCAGAGGAAGAGGUGGGCACAAUCAAGCGCGGAAGAGACUCUGAAGGCUCUGGAGCGCCGGACAAGCGCCCAGGGGGCGAUGAUGCUAACAUCUCGCCCGUGGGUAUCUUGGACGCGCCAAGCGGGCAUAUGGCAGGCGUGGCUGAAGCGGUUGGCAGCGAGGGGAACGAAGCUCAAGGAAUGAAGUUCUCGCACGUGACCAUCGUGCAAGAACCCGGGGGAAAGUCUCACGGAGUGUCAGGAGCGUUCGCGGCGAACAUCGACGGCGGUGGCGAUGACGCAACGACGUCGGGCCCCCUGCCUGGAAGGUCUGGCGUGAGAAGAAUCGUCCAGGAGCCUGGCGGCAGCUCAAGUGCCGUCUCGCGCAUCCUGAGCCAUGAUUCUGCUGACGGCGUCGACAAGGCGCCGAGAGCCGGACGCAUCGCUGAGGGAGAAGACAGCAGAGAGCGUGACAACGACAACAACGACGGGGAAACGGUGCGUUGGACUUGGGGACGGAUGGGGAUGCUCCCCUUCCGCUGGAGGUCAUCGUGCGCAGAUGCGGUGGACUGGCGCCGAUCCUCCAACCUCGACGCUGCGUUCGCGGCUUCGGCGUUAGCGACAGGGCUUGAUUCCGUACCCCUCGCGGAGACGUUCCGGUACGAGGUCGACCCUACUUGCGGCGGCAUCCUGGGCUCGGGGCCGGCGACGGGAUCCUUGGACCUCGGCAGGAGAGCAGAGUCGAGCGGCAUGACGGGGGGCGCCGUGCAUUCGGCAACCGCCACCAUCACCACCACCACCACUCGUGCUGAGUUAUCAUUAUCGUCCUCAUUGUCGGUUCAGGAGGAAGAGCUGUACUCGCCGGUUGCUCUGUCUUUCGUGUCGCCGGUUCUCGAGGUCAAGUGGCCGGUCGGCGUGCUUCUGCCGACGGGGGUGCUCCACACCUACGGAAGCAUUCACCGGUCGCUGAUCCGGCACCAGCUGGCGCUGCACCGUUUAAGGCGGUUGCGCCUUGUGUUGAGGGAGCUGGAUGCGUGCUUGGAUGCGGCGAGCGGCGGUGGUAUUGGUGGAGUUGGGGGGGGGGGGCGGAGAAGCGGCCGGGGUGGCGGUAGUGGUGGGGGCGACAGCAGCAGCGGGAGCAGCCGGCGGCAGCGGGGGGGGGCGAGAGUGUCAUGGGACAGGGGGAGGCUCCAUUGGUUGCACUUGUUCCGGCAUGAGAUGCAGCACAUGGCCGACAGUCUGCAGUCCUACUUCGCAGAACAGGCGGAGGCAGACUGGCCAGAUCUCCGCCGGUCGCUCGCCGUCGCGGGAGGAGGGGCGGCUAGAGGUGGAGGGGGGGGUCUUGCGGCUCUCGUGGCCGCUCACUCGCGCUACAUCACCAAAAUGCAGCGCUACAUGUUCCUCGGGACGGAUAGGCAGGGCGCGGUCGCGCGCGGUAGCAUCGGAGAGUUCUACGCAGUGAUUUGCACCGUCGGGAGGAUCACCGACGGUCUGCUUUCUUCAAAGCCUUCGCGGUCUCCCCCCGCUUCAGUCGCGGACCUUAGUAAUGGUACCUGCACCGGCAGUGCUGUUGGGGAGAUGGUUCUGCCUGACGAGGCUUUCGCAGAGUUGGCGGCCGUCAGAGAAAAGUUCGACGCCGCGAGGCGAGGACUUUGCGCGGCCCUUUCGGAGAUUUGCGCGGCGGGCGGCGGGACUCGGGCCAGGCCGCUCCUUUCCGUCAUUGGGUAUGGCGGGUACGGGGGCGACGAUUUUGUUGUUGCCGCUGAUUUGUCGCGAUAG